UUUAAAACUGACGCCAUCCGGUAGCGGACAACGAAAAAGGAGCGAACCUUGCUCAAAAUGGUGUAAAGAGGUGAAAGCACAACAAGCACAUCUUUUAAUUAACAAGUCAUCUGCAGUCAACAACUUGGCGUCAUCGCAGUGAAAGGCGAGAGUGGAUAUUGGUUUGCAAGCAAGCACUCCCAUCCCACUAAUUCAAAGGAUUGUAGUUAACAAGCUAGCUACGCAACGCAGGUAGGAGUGGCUGGCGCAAUCUUUACACUAACUAUGGAGCCCUCCGAGCAGCAGCAGAUGGGCCCAGGCUCUGGCUCUCAGGAGGUCAACCCUGUGUACCUGCAGCAGCUGCGAGAGCUGGACAUCCCUGAGGAGGCUGCCAAGCAAGCGCUCUUGCACACCCGAAAUGUGUCUGCUGAGGAGGCUGCCAUGUACUACUUCAACAAGCUGGAGAAUGAGGAGGAAGGAGACGACGACCUCAUGUUCAAGAUGGUGUUUGUGGUGAACAUGGACCUGGCCCUGGGUGUGGGAAAGCUGGCUGCGCAGGUGGGCCACGCGGCCGUGGGGCUCUACCAAGCCCUGCAGGAGAAGAACAGCUGGAGGGAGAUGGCCUGGAAGUGGGACCAUGGCGGGGCGAAGAAGGUGGUGGUGCAGGGGACCAACAUGGCCCACCUUUUGGAGCUGCAGGCCCUGGCCAUGAGCCUCAGCCUGCCCACGUACCUGGUUCAGGAUGCCGGACGCACCCAGGUGGAAGCCGGCUCACGCACUGUCCUGGCCAUCGUUGGGGAGGAGGAGAUGGUGAACAAUGUCACUGGAAGUCUGAAACUGCUCUGAGGGACUAAACCAGCUGUGGAGGUGCAGGGCCGUGCAAUGCCACAGAGGCAACCAGCAGAGGGCAGCAUCCCUAACAGCAGAAGGGUCUCGGCAUGCAAGCGCGCAACAACAACGUAACAAAACAAAAAACUGAAAAAAAGAGUAAAACAACCAGACAUGACCCCAACUACCAAGAUGAACAUUCAGCCAUUUUUUUCCCCUGUUCCCUGUUCGAGCCACUGACUGGAGAAGAGAUGUAUGGAGAGCUGCUCAUGUCGAGAGGAAGGGACUAGUUACUCGAACCGACAAUGUUGAAGGCAGUUUGAACAACUUUUAGUGUCAACUUUUUAGAUUUUUUGGGAUUGGAGUGUUUUGCUAGUUAAGGGGGGAUGGCCAUUACUGUAUGAGAGAAUGGUAUCCAAUUUUUAUGAAGGUGAAAGUUCAUGACAUCCCAUAAUUUUGUCUCCCAAUUUAAAAUAUGAUUUGGUGUAUUGAAAAGAAAAUCAAGGAUAGAACCUAGUGUGUUGGUGAUUUGUUAAAUACUGUUAUUGUAAUUCAAGCAGCAAAAUAUAUAAUUGUAAUGAAAUCCUUUUUAGAUGUAGGAUCUUCCUGUGAAAGUUACUGCUUGUCAAUAAGGAGUGUUUACUGACACCUUUACUAUUACUUCGAUGUGUAAACUAAUGUGUAAAUGUAUACACGUGUAUGUAUGCAACAUUCUCUCCCGAAGACCCCGCCCCUUAGAAAUGAUAACACUACAUACUGACGUUAAAUGGCCGUACAUUAAGUUUAUGUGCAUCCGUUCAGGCCAUAUAUAAUCGGUUGCGUGCCAUCCUCAACAUUUCGCACAAUCACUGUUGGAUUUUUUUAACAUUGUGUUGGUGGACUUUUUCCCCCCUCCAUUUUCUGUUCUUGAAAAAAAGUAUAAGGUCGACUCGAGGCUUGCUCUGAGUUAUAAUUCCUGGACUUGGGGGUUUGGUGUAAAAAUAAGUGUGAGGAACUCAUUGUAUGGGUUAAAAUAAGCUACUGUGCUUGCACAGUGCCCAAGCACAUGUACUCUAGCUGAUUUAUUAAUGGUUUACACAAGUGAAAUGUUUUGUGUAAUUUUAAACUGCUUUGAGGGUAAAUGUGUUAUCUUUCUCUACGAGGUAGUCUAAAAGAUGGCUAGCUAAAUGGUUGAGCUAUGACUUCUACCAAAACAGUACAUAGAUUUAAGAUGGAGUAGCAAUUACAGGAUAACAUUUUAAGAACUGCAUUUAAAUAAAUAAAAAUGAUAGAUUCUUGCACUUACAGAUUUAAGCAUUGGACAACCAGAUGCCUAGGAUAUGUUGUAUGUUUCUGUUAAAACAACUAAUUGUUCAUUACUUAAGCAAAAAGGAAUUGUAUUUUGUGAGCAUGAGAUGCCAUUUGGGACCAUGAAUGGCUCUGAAGUCUUACUAAAUAUGUAAUGGUGUUAUUAUUUCAAUGUUACUGACAUGACAUGCAUGUAACAGUUAUGCUGGAAAAUGUUUUUUUUCCCUUUGUGUUGAGACCAUGCAAAACCCCAUGGCAACAAACAUUUUUUAUUUUGUUAGCACUUUGAUACCUUCCUGUGUUACACAACAAUUUGUUCCCGUUUUAAAACCAAGGAGACUAUUAAAAAUUACUCCUGACCAAGUGAA